AUGCAGGCCCCCUCCACAGACCUUCCAUAUGACACCCUCGAAAAGGCCGCGGCAAUCACGACGGGAGCGACGGCAAAAUUCCCCGCGGGAAUGGCGGUGCAGGGAAGCCCACACUUCAAGGUCCGCACGACGCUUUUCUUCGUGAUCUCCCUCGUGGCCUCAGCAUUGGCUCUCCUCGCGCCAGUCUUCUAUCUAUCUGCCGUCUCCUCCGUCGUGCCCAUUAGCCCGCGAUUCAUUUUUUCAUGGCCUCCUCGCUCCGCCUCCGCUGCCGCUGGGGACGCAGAUUCUCCGGCUUUUUCGGCGGGCGGCACCGCGGAGGGUUUCGUAGGCGGCGGCCAAGCGGCGGACGGGUGGGCGGAUUUUCGAACCAUAGUGGUGGGAACAGCUCCGCCAGGUCAGACGAUAGUGGUGGUCAGCAGCCGGAAGGACGACAACGAGGCAUCUAAUAUCGGAGAUAGCGCCGUGGGGAGCGUAAGGCGUGGCAAGGGGCCUUUCAAGGAAGGCUCGCUGGCGGCAGGCGAAAACGAAGGGGGAGCUGGCGGGGGAGGAGGAGACACAGGGAGCAUUGCUAAAGGGGCGGGCGAAACAAGAGCAGCAGCAGCUGUGGCAGUGGAAGCAGCCGCAGCAGCAGAAGCAGGGGAAGGGACAUCAGGAGGAGAUACGCUGGUGGGUGUGCAGGGUAAAGUAAGCACGGAGCCUGAGGGGGAUACCGGACUUAGUCUUCCCACCACGGAACCUCUGUCAACGGGGCGCACUGCCCUACCUCCCCUCCUCAACAUCACGGGUCGCAUUCCCGGCUCUCGGCUAAUCACAAAGCGCCAGGUGGACGCCUUCCGCGCGCGGUGGCGGUGCAUCAGCGAGUCGGGACGCUGGGAGACGGACGAGACCCCUCGUCCCCUCCCCUGGGCUCUUCCGAAUUACACGUUCGGGGGCUGUGAUGUGGUUUUCACCAGGCGCCGCAAGGCGCAUCUUGCAGAAAGCAACUCCAACGGCGACAGCAGCAGCAACAGCAGCACUAGCAGGGUGGAGGGAAGAACGGCAGUGGAGCAGCGGCCAUACGACCAGCUGUGCUGUGGAGGAGUGCUGCAGCAGAACCCAACCCUGGGCGAGUGGCAGGUGUGCGAAGGAGCAGCCUUCUGCUCAGCUGGUGAGGAGAAAAGGCGGGAGCAGGAAGAGGCAGGGGUGGCAGGGGUUGCCAGGAAAGACGGAACGGCUGGUUCAUUUAUUGCUGAUUUCAUCAGGAAUGAUUUCCUAACGGUGGUGGAUCAUCCCCGGUGGAACCUGGACACGUUUGCAGUGGAGCUGCCUUUCCUGGGUUACAUGAGUGGUAACCGCUGCGAUGUGAUGCGACUAGAGAGCGAGAUGGAGGGGGGGGUGAAUCGGAGCAAGAAGAGGAACAGACGGCAGAUGAGGGAGAAGCGUAAUAGUAAGAAGGGAGUGCGUGGAGUGGGAGCAGAUGUGGGGUCUGGCCUAGGUGUUGCGGACGAAGCCAAACCAGCUGCUAAUCUGACGGCGCAGCUUUCUUCAGCGGCAGCACUGUACAAAAAGUAUGACAUCCUUGUAAUGAACCGUGGGGCUCACUAUGCGGGGGAUGACGUGUUCGUCCCGGAGCUUCGUGAGACGAUCCUUGCACUGCGCACGCAUUUCCCAGACGCUCUUAUUGUAUACCGCAACACCCCGCCCGGACAUGCCAACUGCACGCAGUAUUGGGAGCCGAUUUCCAAGCGGCAAGCACCGGAGACGUUACCUUACAAUUGGGGUGAUUUUGUAAGGCAGAAUGAAAUGGCUCGUGAGAUUGUGGAGGCAGCGGGUGCAGUGUAUCUGGACGUGGACACGAUGACGGCUCUGAGGGCGGAUGGGCAUGUGGGGAAGAACAGGCGGUACAAGGUGGAUUGCCUGCAUUACUGCCUGCCUGGCCCCAUAGAUCUCUGGACCAAGAUGCUCUAUAAUGUGCUUCUAGAGCUGCUCUAG